UCUACGAAACGACACACCUUGUUGCAGUUUCGCAUUACAUUUCAAACGCCCUCGAUUUGUGGUUGUUGACACGCCACAUCUGCAGAUUCCGAAAAUCAGAGCACCGUCAGCAGCCACCGUGUACGGCGGAAACCCUUUCUUUAACUUCUUCUUCCGUACUCUCCGUCAUCUCCUCACUCUACAACUGUCUAACACAACUCACAAACGAAACACAUCAAAAUUUCGUACAAAAAAAAACCUCAAUUUCACAAUGCAACAAGAGUUGGAGCAAUGGAAGGAACAAAUUUCUCACCUAUUGAAUGUCGCAAACGAUUACCUUCGCGAGGUUCCUCCCAAUCAACUCUAUGCCGCUGCCGCUAUCGUGGUUUUCACAACGCUGCUUCUUCUCUCACUGAGGUUUUUGAAGCGCACAAAGUCUAACACUAUUGUUUUGACGGGACUUAGUGGGAGCGGGAAAACCGUUAUCUUCUAUCAGCUUAGGGAUGGCUCUACUCAUCAGGGUACUGUUACAUCAAUGGAACCUAAUGAAGACACUUUUAUUCUUCAUGGUGAAACAACCAAGAAAGGAAAGAUCAAACCAGUUCAUAUUGUUGAUGUUCCCGGACAUUCUCGUCUUAGACCCAAAUUGGAUGAGUACUUGCCUCAAGCAGCUGGCAUAGUCUUUGUUGUUGAUGCUUUGGACUUCUUACCAAAUUGUCGUGCUGCCUCAGAGUACCUAUAUGAUCUGUUGACUAAGGGAAGUGUUGUGAGGAAGAAGAUUCCACUGCUUAUUCUCUGCAACAAAACUGACAAAGUCACUGCUCACACCAAAGAAUUUAUCCGCAGACAACUCGAGAAAGAAAUCGACAAAUUACGGGCAUCAAGAAGUGCAGUUUCAGAUGCUGACGUUACAAACGAGUUUACUUUAGGGGAACCUGGCGAGCCAUUUUCCUUCACUCAAUGCUCAAACACAGUUACAACUGCAGAUGCUUCUGGUUUAACCGGGGAGAUAUCUCAGCUAGAAGAGUUUAUCAGAGAACACGUGAAGCCAUAGCUGGAUAUUAUGUUUAAACUUAGAUUUUUGUUGAUUUAAUAUGAAUUAGGUUGUUACUUUUGGUUUUUACUUCUUAAAACUCAACACAGACUGAACUAAAAGAAAAAGGGGGGGAAGGGUCAGGGUAGGAAUCACUAUGUUGGGAUUGAUGAGGAUCGACUUCAUUGGAACUAUAAUGAUUCAACUAUUUGUCAGAGUACUUGCAUUUGCUUUAUAUGUUCUCAA